AAUCUGAUGCCUCUGAGGAGAAUAAGACAGAGAAAUCCUUACUGAGUCAAAACAUGGAUGAAGAAACAAGAAAAGAAUUUGAGAAAAAGUUUGGUAAAUACAGGAGCAAGGACUCGCCGUACAGUAUUCAGAACAUUCUCUGGUUGAUAUCCUCUAUAGCUGUCUUCUAUUACACAGACUUCUACAUUGCGUGUCGAUAUGAUCAAAGAGUAAACAGGGUGUGGUUCAAUGUUGGAGCUAUCCUCAUGCUGGUUAAUCUCUCCAUUGCCGCUUUCCUCAUUGUGUACAUAACUUACAUCAAGAAGGUCAGCACUGAUAACUGGGAGACCCUUUACCCAGCCGCUAUCCCCAUAGCCACUGGAUCAUUUAUAAUCGGAGGGAUUUGUGUGACAGUGGGUCUGUGGCCGAUAUGGAGUAUAUUCACCCCAGUUAUCCUGUUUACCUUAUUUAUGGGUAUGAUUGUAACAAUAGCAAUGUUACCAAACUUCUAAGAUACCCAGAAAGAAGAAAUCUGUGGACUUCAGAAGAGAAACUUGUCAGUAACUGUACAAUGUUUCUGUUUUUAUAUCUUGCUCUGUACUUGAUGCUGAAGAAAAAAGUUGUUGUUUGUUAUAAAUGUUAUUUAUUUUUGAAAUAAGAUGACACAUAUAAUGUUUAUUUUUAUUUAUAUAAAUAUGUACCAAGCAAAGGCAUUACGUUUCCAUGUAUGACAAUGGACAUGUAUUUAACUUCCCUUUUUCUAUUUUAUGUUAAAUGUUUAUUUUUAUAUCUCAUCCUCAAAGUAUGUGUUAGGAACAUAAAGUAUUAUCCAUGUUUGUUCUUUUGCCCCCCUGGAAUGUAACAAGAAAUCCCCCUCCUUCUUUUUUUCCUUCUUUUCCUGCAGGCCUUUAGCUAAAUUUUGUAUUAGGUUUUAUGAUGGUUGAGUUGCAGUUCUAGUUUGAGUUCUAACACUUAUUGCUCAAUUCUAAUAGAGUUAUGAUCAUUUUAAAUGUGAGAAAUUCCUGGAAAUUGUGAAAAAAGUUUUCCCUUUAUAUAUGCUUGCAGAUAUUGAGUUGAAUUUUAAUGAAAGGUUGUAUUACAAAUCAAAUUAUAUUUUCCACACUAAUGCUUUAACUUUGAACCAUUUAGUUACAUUGAACCAAUUAAUGAUUUAUUUUGAAGAGUGUUAAAGGUGACCAUGCAUUUAAAUUUAAAAAAAAAAAAAACUUGUACAAAUUUUCCCCCCAUAUACAUGGUAUUGAACUUGUGAUUUACUGUAUGUGUGUAUGAAAGUGAAUUGUAGAUAUAAUUUUUUUCCUAUGGUCCCAUGAAACGGAAUUAAUUAGGGUCUAGAAUUUUUAAGAACAGUUUUUGACUUCAGCUUCAAACAAUAAAUUCAUCUUGUGCAGACA